AUGUCCGACGAUCUCAUAUCUUCCCUUUAUCCCCCUCCACCCCCAUACUAUAAGUACUUCACAAAAGCCAACUUAGACAAGUUUGCAGAGUUGACAUCACCGGAAGAGGCUCUGGGCGCACUCAAAUUCCAAGUUCCACCCGAAAUCCCCCAGUCAGACCAAUACCGAGGAUACGGUAGCGUGUGGUCGCUCGAGAAUAAGAUCCCUUCUCUUAAGAGUCUAGGGUUUACCCAAUUGUAUCAGGAUGAAGAUGAGACCAUCACGUCCAAAACGAAAAUCGCGGAAUUGCACAAACUCUUGGACUCGCUCUUGCUCAAUUUCUUGGAAUUGGUGGGUUCUGUGGCUGUUGAGCCUGCCAAGUUCUACAUCAAGAUUGAGCAUUUGAAAAGACUUAUCAUCAAUAUGAACCACUUGCUCAACACCUAUAGGCCACACCAGACACGUGAAAGUUUGAUUAUGCUAUUACAGAAACAGAUUGAGGAGAAGCGAGCUCAGACCGCGGAGAUCGAACGAGCUAUGGACCAAGCGAAAAAGGAUAUUCUAGAACUAGUUCAAGGAACAGGUGCAGACUUGAGCUCGGCAUCUGGUCCAGAAGAGGUGGAGGAGACGGCGAACUUGAAGGAGCAAAAGCUACAAGCUCUCAAGGAGCUUCUAUCGGCGACUCGGAUAUAA